CUGGCCCGUCUGGCAGCGUUUGAUUUUAGCGAACCCUUUGGUCGAGUCUAGACGGCACAGAUUCAAGAUCGAAGGAAGCGCGCAGGCGAGGCGAUCAGAUGGAUCCUAUGGCAAUUGCGUCUGUCCAACUCGGUCUCCACGACAUGCGUGAGAGAUGGACGAUAGCGCGGCCGCUCUCAUCCUUAGCGCCCUGCCCGACCUGACGCCGCACGACUUGUCUGUUGUCGACCGCCUUCUUGAUUUGCUGCGCAUUCACAUUUCGACCGCUUCCUCACCCGCUUCGCCGCGCCUGUACGUGGCCGCCGUUGACGCCCUUCACUCUUCGACUUGCGAUUCCCUCAAUUCCUCGACCGACUCUACCAGCGACGACAAAAGCCAUGUCACCCCUGACGACGCAGCAGACGACACCCUCGACCAUGCGCCCAAUCGCACACGGCACCAUGGCACAGACCAAACCGCGACCGCCGUCGAGUUCGACAUCAAGACGCGCUGCUGGAAGCUGAAGCGCCGGCGCUCGUCCACCGAUUCAUUCUCGUCCACCUCGACAGCUCGUUCCAACUCCCUCGGGCCUUCCUCGACGACCACGAGCCGUUCCAACUCCUUCAAGAAGCGACAGCUGUCGCAUCGACAAGGCAUUGGUGCACCUGACAAGAGCGAGGAAGGGCACGCCAACAAACACAACAAGAGUGACCACGAAGCCGUCAACAGACAUGAAAAGAGCAGGGAAGACAUCAAUGGACAUGACAAGAGCAGGGAAGACCAGGACAAGCUCGACAGCAGCAAGGAGACGGAAGCAGACUGGACGUCGCACAUCCCCCACAGUGAGCACAACCAGUUCCUGAUCAACACCCGCUGGGACAAGACAUCGCUGGGUCCCAUGCGCACAUGGCCGCCUAUUCUGCAGCUCAUGACGCUCAAGAUGCUGGCAGACCCCCGUCCGGCCAAUCUCUACUGGGGUCAGGACCGCAUCGCAAUCUACAACGAGCCCUUCGCCGUCAUGGCACACUCGCGUCACCCGGCCAUGAUGGGUGCCACGGCCGCAGACGCCAUGCCGGCCACUUGGCCCUUCCUCAAGGUCAUGAUGCAACAAGUUCAGGACACCAACACGGCCUUUUCGCUGCCCGAAUUUGAGAUGGAAGUGCACAAGGAGAACGGCUUCCUCGAAGAAGCGUGGUACGAUGGCAUCUUCUCACCCAUCAGCGACACCAAUGGCCGCUUCCAAGGCCUGUACAACUCUGGCUACGAAAUCACAAACACCGUCCUCAUGCACCGAUACGCUCGCCUUAUACACCGUAUGGCCGCCACUCCCGACUUUGACCACGAGUCGCCUUGGACGCACAUUGUCAAGAGCUGCGAAGAAUUUGGGAGAGACGUACCGAUGCUACUGGUCUAUUCUGCACACGUCAAACCGACCUCUCGCUCCGACCACUGCACACUACAACUCAAGGGCUCCCUGGGCAUCAAACCACCUCAAGGCCAAGCGCUCAACACCUUCGACCUUGAUGAUUCAGAUCAUGUUCUUGCUCCAGCUUUCAGAUCAAGCAAAUCACUCGGCCAUCCUGUGUUGCUUGAUACCUCUCACGAAUCAUUCCAACACUUCCGAUCAGGCAUCGACUGGCGAGGCUAUUUGGAACCCUCGUCCCGCAUAGUAGUCAUGCCGGUCCUCACAACCGGCCUUAUUGCUGGCUUCAUAGUCAUGGGCUUGAACCCCAGAAGACCCUACGAUGAUGAUCUGAAACAGCUUGUUCGCGAUAUCUGGUUGACUUGCACUUCCGUACUCUCGUCAAGUAUCAGUUUCGAUCAAGCCAGAGAGCGUGAAAAAGUCUUGACAAGAGAACUCACCCAGCGCGAGCGUUUCAUACGUAAACUUGCAGAGGUCACCAACGUCGGAAUCUAUUCUUUGUCGCCCACUGGCAUCCUCACCUAUGCGAACCCAAAGUUUCACGACAUGCUCGAAUCGACGCUCGAAACUGAGAACGGUCAAGUCUUUGGCUUCGAUGACUUUGUACUUGAUGACGAUCUGCACAAAAUCACCGCUGCUCACGAGGAAUGCAAGGCUCAAUGCACCAACGUAAGCGUCGAGAUUCGUCUUAAACGAACUUGGUUUCCUCCAGGUUCAUCAAAUGAGCAGCCUUGCUGGGUAUUGAACUCUAUCGUGCCAGACAUCGAAGACGGUCAGAUCAAGGGUGUUAUCGGUUCUCUUUCAGACAUUGGACAUACCAUGUGGGCUUUGCAACUACAGAAAGACUCGACCGAGUCUGCCCUCGAGUCCAAGAAACACCUGGAGCAGUUCAUUGACAUGACCUCACACGAAAUGCGCAAUCCUCUGGGCGCGACAAUCCAAUGCGCGGAAGAUAUCGCACGUACUAUCGACGAGGCGAGAGUAUCUUUCAGCGACAAGGAUCUGUCGGAACUCUUCGAAUCAGUAAGCGAAAACGCGAAGACCAUCGCGUUCUGCAGUGCCCAUCAGAAAACAAUCGCGGACGACAUUCUGGUAGUCUCCAAGCUGAGUUCGUCGCUAUUGUCGCUUUCUUCAGCUAGCUGUCAACCAGAGACGGUCGCAAAACAAGUUGUGCGCAUGUUCAAGGCCGAGGCUGCCAACGCGACUGUCGACUUGGACUUGGAGGUGCACUCUUCGUACAGCAUCGACUGGGCUUCGUGCGACGCGUCAAGAAUACGCCAAAUCCUUAUCAACCUCGUCAGCAAUUCGCUGAAAUUCACCAAGGGCAGAAACCAGCGACAAAUCAAAGUCAUCGUUGGGUCAAGUCAUGUCGCGCCUCCUGAGUACAUGUCUGAGUUGCAAUGGCAUCCGAAAGAGCUACUUCCGCCAGUCCUGAGCAACAACAACGAAAUCUUCCUUACACUCCAAGUGCAGGACACUGGCAAGGGUCUGAGUCGGGAAGAAACGGACAAGCUCUUCAAUAGGUUCGCGCAAGCAAGUUCAACAACCAGCUCUACUUAUGGUGGAUCGGGUCUCGGUCUCUUCAUCUCGAUGCAACUGGCUGAGCUGCAAGGUGGUCGCAUCGGCUUGUCGAGUCAGCCUGGGCAAGGAAGUACCUUCGGAUUUUACGUCAAGGUGAAGAAAGCCAUGGCCACCCAAGAGCAGGAACAAUCUCUUAGAAGAAUCUCAGAGACGUUAGAAACUCAUCUUCCGAGGAACGUCGACAAAUCUCUCGACAUUUUGCUCGUCGAAGACAAUGUAAUCAACGCUCGCAUCUUGAGCAAGCAACUUCGCGCAAAAGGGCAUCAAGUCCACGUUGCAAUCCACGGACAGGAAGCACUCGACUUUUUGCGUACCACCAAGUAUUCGCAAGGGUCCGACAGCAAUGCCGUCGAGCUGGAUGUCAUCUUGAUGGACUGGGAGAUGCCAGUGCUCAACGGUAUUGAUUGUACGAAACAAAUACGACAGCUGGAAGAGCAAGGCUCGCUUAAAACACACUUGCCCAUCGUUAUUACUUCUGCGAACGCGCGGCCAGAACAGAUCGAGGUAGCCUAUGCUGCUGGAACUGAUGAGUUCUUGUCUAAGCCUUUCACUGUCACACAGGUUCUUGAGAAGAUUCGGCAGAUGAACAAUUAAACUGAAGCGGAAGAUGUUGGAUAAUGUAACACUGAUCUGGAUAAUGAGCUUCACGAACAUAUAUCAAUACACGACAGAGAAUACAAACAAGCGCAAAGAUGAAUCAUACACGGACAUACCCU